AUGCCACUCCCCCGCCUCCCCCGCAUCCGCUUCGGCAGCCUGCCGCUCACGGCGGGCCAAGUCGUGUUCCACACGCUGGCGUGCGGCGCGAUGCUGCACGCCUUCUUCAGCUUCGGGUGGACGGUCAAGCCGACGUGGGGCGCGUCGAUGGUGCCGACGAUACAGGUGCUGGGCGACUGCGUGCUGAUCAGCAAGCACUACCGACGCGGCAAGAACAUCGUCGUCGGCGACGUCGUCAACUACGAGAACCCGUUCAAGCUGGGGUCGGGCGUUAUCAAGAGGGUGAUUGGUAUGCCGGGGGAUUUUGUGUUGAGAGAUACGCCGCAUGCGGAGGGGAGUGAGGGGAUGAUGAUACAGGUUCCCGAAGGCCACUGCUGGGUGACGGGCGACAAUUUGCCCGUCUCGCGCGACUCGAGACUCCAUGGACCCGUGCCGCUGGCGCUGAUAAGAGGCAAAGUGGUUGCUCGGGUGCUGCCGUUCAGCCAGGCCGGCUGGUUCGAGAACACGUUGACGGAGCCGAUGGAGAUAGGGGAUAUGGACGAGCUGGAUUGA